GUGUAGGAAAGGACUCGAGUAGUCCAACUGUGGCUUCAGCACCUUGCCCUUGUGCUCACCGAGGUGGUGAAGAUCCGCCGCCUCAAUCACGCCGAUAUCCCCAACAGCAUGCUGGUAAUCAAGAUCGUUGUGGCCACCAUCCACAACAACAAAUGCAACAUGAUAUGCAACGAAAUCGCCAUCAAAAUCAGUCGCAUAAAUUUAACGCCAACGAAUACCCUCUAAAGGAAAAUCAAGAUCAGCAUUCACAUCAACAAACACAGCAACAACAAGAUCAGCAUCCACAUCGACAAACACAGCAACAACAAGAUCAGCAUCCGCAUGAACAUACCCAGCAACAACAUUAUCAUCAAAAUCAAUUACAACAUCAUCAAAUGCAGCACGAGAAUCAAAUGAACCCGCAACGGGAAUUUCAGCAUCCGUCGCAGAAUCAAUUUCAUCAUCCAUCUGCUCAUCAUGAUAGUAGUAUGCAUAAUCAAAGUUUUAAUAGGAAUCAGCAUCAGCAUCGAUCUUAUGAUGCCAACAACUUACAUCAUAAUGAGCAACAGCAAAAUACAUUCCAUGGUAGCGCUCAUCACCAUCAACAAAGGAAUAAUUCUAAACCUAAUUUUGAUGAAGUGCUGCGCAACCAACAGUUGCAUCAACGUAAUAUGAAUCCAGCACACCCACCGAAAAGUAAUCACCAACCGAAUCGAUUGCAUUACGCUGAAAAUCAAAAUAAAGACAACGGGUCACAUCAUCCUGAAAGCGCUUUGCACAAUAGGGGCAACAGACAACAACAUGUACCUAAUGUUCAUCAAAAUAAUCCCACCCCUUCUCCACAAACAAACAAAACUUGUACUAAUCCAUCAUGCGGUCAGCAGAUACCACAUCAACACGAUCAACAAAAUUACAACCAGCCAGAUUUCCAAAAACGGCAGGUACAACCUCCCACUACACCUGAUAUCCAGAAACCCAAUCAGCAAUGUCCUGUGGAGACUUGCCCAAAAUCACCUACUCAUCUUGAAGACCAAUUACCUUCUAAAGACCAGCAGCGUUUACACCAGGAAGCGCAACAACUCAACCAGCGCGUUUUGGAUAUAACUAAUCAUGCUCAUGAUAAUAACCAUAUGCAACACCAGGACAUGAGACCACACGAAUGUGAACACCAUGAUGAGAACUUUGAUCAAGGUCAAAGUCAAGGCCAUGAAUGCCCUCAUAUGGGUAAAGAAGAUUGGAAUGCUGGGGUUUGUCCACAUGAUGGUCACGUUCUUCCUGAUCAUCACAAUAGUAAUUUACCGUGUCAUGAUGAUGGUUUGCAUCAUGAAGAUGAUGCUCAUCCGUGUUAUCACAAUGAUUGCUUGCAUCACAAUGAUUACCAAGAUCAUUGUCAUGAUCAACAGGUAGCCCAUCCCGUCCAGCAUGGGCAGCAGAAUGAUUCACAUGUUUGUGAUGGUAAUUGUCAUCAUCAAGAUCAGCAAUAUGCGCACCACCAACCGCGUCAAAAUUAUCAUGAUCAAGUGAGAUAA